UGUGGUGAGUAAGCGACCCAACUAAUCACGGUUAGCUGAAGAGGGUUAAGACACCGACGGCUAUUUAACCUGUGUAUGGCGAGCCCUUCUUCCUCCCCAUUACUCGAUCUUCGAUCUCCGUCCGAUCUGGGUGGUUUCAACUGCGAAUCUCGAAGGAAUCAAUAAUCUCAGAGGGGUUUUGCUUAGGUCUGGCGAUCCGGCGGCGAUGGGGAUUUCAAGCCUGCCGACCCCAUCGGAGGGGAUGCUCACUCUGCUUCUGGUCAACACCGCGCUCACGAUCUCGAUCUUGAAAGAGAUUUUCCGAUCUGUGCUUCACCUAUUCGGUCUGUCGCUGGAUGGGGCGGAUGGAACGCCGGAGCUGUUGCCCGCGGCAUCUGAGGAGUUGAGUUUGACGGAGAAGUUUCGGAGCAGGGUAAAGCCGGUGACAUUUGGAUCGGCAAUCGGCCGCCGGCGGACAGCGGAAUGGCACGCCGAUUGCCGGGUUUGCCUGGUUCGGUUCGAUUCGAACUCUGUGGUGAACAGGUUGCCUUGCGGGCAUCUGUUCCACAAGAGCUGCGUUGAGAGGUGGCUGGAUUACCGAAAGGACACUUGUCCACUCUGCCGUUCGCACCUUCUUCCCGAUGAUGUUCUCGCGGGCGGAGGAGGCAUCGGUGUAGAAGUUUUUCGGGUGUGGUGAAGUGGGCCUUGCACUUGCGGAGGCAUCAUGGGUGGUAGGUUCUCCUUGUUGUUUAUGUUCUGGUGCGCUGUUAUGUUUGGUUUAUGUGUCUUGUACAGACGAAGGGUAUGGUGUGAUGACGCUACCAAGUUAUCCCUCGCUCUUCUUCAUCUUCCACCGCUACUUCUACUCUUCUUCUUCUUCAUCAUCUUCAUCUUUUGCGAUGUGUAUACUAGAAAUCUUGAAGAAAUCCAACCGGUUUGUGUUACUGUACAGAUUAUUAACCCUUUCCUCCUAGUAAUUUUAUGUUUUGAGCCUGAAUUUUAAAGUUUUGGAAA